AGUCACCAUGAGGGCGCUGCUCCUGCUCUGCUGCUUCCUGGCCUCGCUCCUGCUCUCAGGACAAUCAGAAGAAACGGAGGAUGUGAGUGAAGAAGCCCCAAUGAGGGACCGCUCCCACAUCGAGACCACCCUGAUGCUGAAUGAGGACAAGCCAGCUGAUGAUUACUCAGCGGUGCUGCAGCGGCUUCGAAAGAUCUACCAUUCAUCCAUCAAGCCCCUGGAGCAGUCUUACAAAUACAAUGAGCUUCGGCAGCAUGAGAUCACAGAUGGGGAGAUCACUUCCAAGCCAAUGGUGCUAUUCCUGGGACCAUGGAGCGUUGGUAAAUCCACCAUGAUAAACUACCUUCUUGGGUUAGAAAACACUCGCUACCAGCUCUAUACAGGUGCUGAGCCCACCACAUCCGAGUUCACGGUACUGAUGCAUGGGCCCAAGCUGAAAACCAUCGAGGGCAUUGUCAUGGCUGCUGACAGUUCCCGGUCCUUCUCGCCCCUCGAAAAGUUUGGCCAGAAUUUUCUGGAGAAGCUGAUUGGUAUUGAGGUUCCUCACAAACUUCUGGAGCGGGUCACUUUUGUGGAUACACCAGGCAUCAUUGAGAAUCGCAAACAACAAGAAAGAGGAUACCCCUUCAACGAUGUGUGCCAGUGGUUCAUCGAUAGAGCCGACCUCAUCUUUGUUGUCUUUGACCCCACCAAGCUGGAUGUGGGUCUGGAGCUGGAGAUGCUCUUUCGCCAGCUGAAGGGACGUGAGUCUCAGAUAAGGAUCAUCCUGAACAAGGCUGACAACCUGGCCACACAGAUGCUCAUGCGAGUGUAUGGGGCCCUCUUCUGGAGCUUGGCCCCUCUCAUAAAUGUCACAGAGCCUCCAAGGGUUUAUGUCAGCUCCUUCUGGCCACAAGACUAUAAACCUGACACUCACCGGGAACUGUUCCUCAAAGAAGAGAUCUCCCUUCUAGAAGACCUGAACCAGGUGAUUGAAAACAGGUUGGAGAACAAGAUCGCUUUCAUCCGCCAACAUGCCAUUCGGGUCCGCAUUCAUGCCCUCUUGGUUGACCGCUAUCUGCAGACUUACAAGGACAAAAUGACCUUCUUCAGUGAUGGAGAACUGGUCUUUAAGGACAUUGUGGAAGAUCCUGAUAAAUUCUACAUCUUUAAGACCAUCCUGGCAAAGACCAAUGUUAGCAAGUUUGACCUUCCCAACCGAGAGGCCUACAAGGACUUUUUUGGCAUCAACCCCAUUUCCAAUUUCAAACUCCUUUCUCAGCAGUGCUCCUACAUGGGAGGUUGCUUUCUGGAGAAGAUAGAGCGGGCCAUCACCCAGGAGCUUCCCAGCCUCCUGGGUAGCCUCGGGUUGGGGAAGAAUCCAGGUGCUCUCAACUGUGACAAAACAGGGUGUAGUGAAACCCCAAAGAAUCGCUACAAGAAGCACUAGAUAGUGUGUAGCUCUUCUUGGGUCCCUGUUGGUGAAUGAGCUUGUGUCCUGUCUGAGAAGUCCUGGUUUAUUAACCCUUUGAGCCACACUGGUGAGAAUCAGUACACACUGGAGAUUUGGGAGUUUUGUUGAGGCCUGUGGUAGGUGAAGGUGUGUGGGUCUAGGAAGGAGAGCGGAAACUGUGAAUUAUAGUGUGCUUUUCUUGUUGCUUCAGUUAGGAGGCCUGAUUGGGGCAAAUCAGGCUCUACUUGCUUUUCCUGGGUCCUGUCUUGAAGGGACAGAGAGCAGCUAAAUUCUAGUGUAUACUAAAUGAGGGUCAAAUAAGCUAAACACAGCCUGAGUGAAGAGGGCUCUCAGGUCCAUGUUGGCUCCUUCCACACACGGUCUUCUGUUUGUUCCCCAAACCUCCUCUACUCUCUCCCAAGCUUGGGCUGACUUUCAAAGGCAGAUAGCCUCUUGGAUCUAAAUUUACCUGAAUUUUGAGCCUGUCCCAAGUACCUCUUCACUGUUUCUCCAUAACACUGAGAGAGAACAAGAGUGCCUAGGUCAGGGUGAGGAUCUGCCUCCCAAAUGCCAUUUCUGUGAUGUCCCAGCUGGGGAGAUCAGACCCAUCACUGGCCCCAAGAGGUGGUGAGUGGGUGGUGGCCUCAGGCUGUUCCCUCUUGGAUGUAACUUAAGUGAGGGUACUGGAAGGGCUCAGAGGGUUAAUUGGUUUGCAGUGUGUCUUUGUCUAUUGCAUGUCUUGGAAAACUCAGAUCCCAAAGGUGUUGGGUUUCAGAGUGGACAAUGGAGACUUUGUUCCUUGUCCUUAGGGACUUUGCUGGGCAGUCAGCCUCUCCCAAAUUUAGGAAGAGGCUGUUCCACAAUUUCUUUGUGGAAGCACUUGGCAGAAAAGUUGUUUCUUCAGUUUUCCCAUUACUAUGGCUUUUCCUUUCUUUUCUUCUCCAUUCCCUGAUAUACCAACACUUAAACCAGAGAAACUUCCUACGAUGAGAACCAGCACCAGCCAUCUGGCAUCAGUGGCAACUGAAGCUUAGGGUUUAGCGUCCACCUGUCCUUGACAUGGAUAGCUGUGGACUGUACCACAGGACAUCCAGGGCUUUCAAACACCAGUGAGUGUGGAUAUGUGUGUACAUCAUCCAAGAGAGGUCAGGAAGAUGACAAACCUGAGGCCACAGAGAAAGAACUCAUCAUGAGAGUCCUGCAUGGUCGGCAAGCACUGUCCCCUCGGAGGGGCACAGAGACCCAAUGGAUAAGUGCCCUUUGAAGGGAGCAUGUACUGUGAGAUAUAUGCAUACAGGGAUAGCCCAGGCCUGCCUUGAAAGGCUCCUUUUGAAGGACACAUCUGGCCACUCCUCUUGGGAGCAAGCUAUCCUUGGGUCCUUAAUCCUGUCCUGGGUCAGGACCCACCAGCACUGAGUAGUCAUCUGGAUCAGAAGGAAAUUUUGAGAAAAAGGUUGAUUAGGAAAUGUAAGUAGAUUGGUGAUCAGAUGGGGUCCAGAAAGAACCCCAAUUUGAUUUAGUAUUGCUCAGAAUUUGGAGCAGUCCCAUGCCUGCUGCAAGAGAGGCUGCUGCUUUGGACUUUAUGGAGGACCCAGAUCCUCUCACGGACAGCCAGAGCCUCCAAACCCACCAGGACACUGUUUCAAGGAGCAAGCCAACUGGAAAAGAAAAGCGAGUUCUGUAAGGGACAUCCAUGAAGCCUGGUAGCUGGGGCAGAUGAGUUGCAAUCUGUCCUUGGACUUUUCUUCUCCCCCAAAUGAACAACCCCAACCCCUUGGCCUCACUUCCAAACCACUUAUCCUCUUGGAAGACUAUCCCUCCUGCCUGUCUCUUUCACACUGCUCAUCCCUGUUGGUUGCUUUUGGUGAAUCUGUUUUUUUUUCUUAAUGCAGUCAGGGAAAUAAAAAGUUCAGGACUAUAUGGGCCUUUUUUUAGCUGUGAUGUCACCAUAAUUUGGGGAAGCAGGGGGGGAUGAAGCUAAUCAGUUCAUGCAGUAUUAGUAUUUUGGGGGGGCUAUAUUAUCAGUGUGUCCUCCCACUUUUGGAUUUUUCUUUUCUCCAUCUAUUUUCCUUUUCUUUUUUCUUCUUUCUCUCCAUUCUGUUCCUCUCCUCGCUGUCUGCCUUACCUUUCCUUGACUGCCCACAGGCCUGUUGAUCAAUCAACACAGGUUCUAAGUGCCCGUUCUUUGCCCAGCUCCGUGGAGGAUUCUGACUCUUAAAGAUGAUGGGGCUGGGAACUGGGGAAACUUGGGACCCAGAGAUUCCCCAAGAGGGGUCCCUGUGAAUAUUUGUGAAGGAAUAGGGGCUGACCCUUUCCAGUGACCUUUAGAUUCUGACUUUACCAGGGAGAAUAUUUCAAUAAAGUUCCUAUCUCUUUAA